CCCCGCCCGGGGCCCGCGCCUGGACGCCCUGCGCCUGCGCAAUGAGAGCGCCCGCCCGCACAGCAAGUCCGGCGACGCGCACGCCCGGACGUGAGGGGCGGGGCCCCGACAGACAGAACACCUCUGAUAGGCUGAGCCGGGGCGGGGGCGGGGAAAGAGGCGUUCCUGGGCGGGACCUCGAGGCCGGUUUGGAAUUUUUGGCGCGAGCUGGCUCCGCGCGCGUUCACGGGCCGUUCCCUGUCCGGAGAGUCCUCCAUCCCGGCUUCGCGGGCGGUCGUCGGCAGACCCCGGCCCGCCUCGCCGCCCCCAGGGCUUCCGCGGCCUCCGCCCGACCCGGAAUCAGGGACCUCGCUGAGCUGCGCCCCGCCCGCCGCCCCAGGUGCUCGGCAUUGCCCGGCCUUCAUGCUCAACGGACCUGUGUGUGGCGUGGACGUGGCCCUGCCCCGCAGCCCCCGGGGGGCCGCACGACCCGGCGCUGUCUGAGGGGACGACUCUGCUCUCGGCGCUGCAGGGGCCCCCCAGGCUGGCCAUGCCCGUGCCCUCGGAGGGCAGCCCGCCACCCCUGAGCAGCACCCCCGCCCCGGUCCCUGCCUACUUCCGCCACGCCGAGCCCGGCUUCUCCCUCAAGAGGCCUGGGGGGCUCAGCCGCAGCCUCCCGCCCCGGCCCCCGGCCAAGGGCAGCGUCCCCGUCAGCCGCCUCUUCCCUCCUCGGACCCCAGGCUGGCACCAGCCCCAGCCCCGGCGGGUGUCGUUCCGGGGCGCGUCCUCCGAGCCCCUGCGGAGCCCCGGCUACGACCCGGCCCGGCCCGAGUCCUUCUUCCAGCAGAGCUUCCAGACGCUCGGCCGCCUGGGUCACGGCUCCUACGGGGAGGUCUUCAAGGUGCGCUCCAAGGAGGAUGGCCGGCUCUAUGCUGUCAAGCGCUCCAUGUCGCCCUUCCGGGGCCCCAAGGACCGGGCCUGCAAGCUGGCCGAGGUGGGCGGCCAUGAGCAGGUGGGGCAGCACCCGCGCUGCGUGCGGCUGGAGCGGGCCUGGGAAGAGGGCGGCCUGCUGUACCUGCAGACGGAGCUGUGCGGGCCCAGCCUGCAGCAGCACUGCGAGACCUGGGGCACCAGCCUGCCUGAGGCCCAGGUCUGGGGCUACCUGCGGGACACGCUGCUGGCUCUGGCCCACCUGCACGGCCAAGGCCUGGUGCACCUCGACGUCAAGCCCGCCAACAUCUUCCUGGGGCCGCGGGGCCGCUGCAAACUGGGGGACUUCGGGCUGCUCAUGCAGUUGGGGGCACCGGGAGCCAGUGAGGCCCAGGAGGGGGACCCCCGCUACAUGGCCCCCGAGCUGCUGCAGGGCUCCUACGGGACGGCGGCUGACGUGUUCAGCCUGGGCCUCACCAUCCUGGAAGUGGCAUGCAACAUGGAGCUGCCCCAUGGCGGGGAGGGCUGGCAGCAGCUGCGCCAGGGCUACCUGCCCCCUGAGUUCACUGCUGGUGAGUGGGGGGCGAGGAUGGGAUGGAGGGCAUGCCGCCAUGGGGAGGUGGGCUCCAGUGGCUCAGACCCGAGACCCCCUGCCCCGGGGACAGGCCUGUCCUCUGAGCUGCGCAACGUCCUCACCAUGAUGCUGGAGCCGGACCCCGAGCUGCGGGCUACAGCCGAGGGUCUGCUGGCCCUGCCCGCGCUCAGGCAGCCGCGGCCCUGGAGUGUCCUGUGGCACACGGCGGCUGAGGCCCUGGGUCGAGGCUGGGCCCUGUGGCAGGCCCUGCUCGCCCUGCUCUGCUGGCUCUGCCACCAGCUGGCUCACCCUGCCCGCUGGCUGCGGCCCCCCGGCCCCCCGGCCACCCCGCCCGGCCGGCCGCCCUGCAGCUUCCUGGACGGCAGCCUCUCCAGCAGCUGGGACGACGACAGCCUGGGGCCCUCGCUCUCCCUGGAUGCCAUCCUGGCCAGGGCCGUCAGCUGCACCUCCACCCCCCGCAGCAGCUCCCCGGCCGCCCGCCACAGCUACCUGCCCAGGGACCCCCUGGACCUAAGUGACCCCAACUCAGAGCCUCCUCGGGACUCCUUCCCCUCCUUCGAGCCACGGAAUCUCCUCAGCCUGUUCGAGGACUCGCUGGACCCAAGCUGAGGCCCACGAGCCCAGCCUAGGGCUUUUAACCUUUUACCCUUGCCCCCCACCCUCUGCAAAAGCUGGCAUCCCUCAGGGACCCCAUGGCCCACCACUGCCUGGGUGUGCCUAAUAAACCAUGUCUGAA